AUGCAUGCUCUAAUCAUAAAAACUGUUACAGGGCAAUUCUGUGAAAAAUCUGUGACAAAAGACAUCUACUCGUAUUACAACAACCUUGUUUCUCGAACCGGUGCUCUUGGCGUACUGGCAGUCAUUCCGCUGCUGCUGAUUUACGCAACAUGCGAUCGUUACGCAAAAAGGCGGCAACAGGAGCGAGUUGAAAGGCACUUGAUUGGAACAGGCUUGUUUACGCAUCCGAAUAAAACGGUGAAUCCAGAAGCAAUCGAAUCAUUACUGUACAGUGAAAGUGAAUAA